CCCUGCUUAUGAAGAGAUGACGUGUAACGGCCCUGAAGACUCAGAGGCUUGUGCCACUUCAGACACUGGCAGUGAGCAGGAAGGGGCACAGGAGCACAAGCGACUCAGGACCUUUGUGACAUUUCCCUUUGAUUGUCCAGUCUCGGCAGCAGCGCUAGCACGAGCUGGCUUUGUUUAUACUGGAGAAGGUGAUAAAGUGAAGUGCUUCAGUUGUCAUACAACUACCGAAGGAUGGGAACAUGGAGAGUCUGCAUUUGAAAGACACAAAAACCUUUCCCCAAACUGCAAAUUUAUUACUGAAUCAACUUCUUUGGAAAAUAAUAUUCAUCCUGUUGACCAGAACCACCAGGAUAGAACUGAAAAUUGUUCCAGCAAUUCAGCCAUUUCCUAUGCUUUAGAUGACUCAUCUGAUGUCGAAGCUGAUUACCUUUUGAGAACUAGACAGGUUGUGGAUAUGUCAGAUACUUUGUAUCCUAAAAACCCUGCAAUGUGCAGUGAAGAAGCUAGAUUAAAGUCAUUUCAUAACUGGCCUCUCUAUGGCCUGUUGACACCAAAGGAAUUAGCUAAUGCUGGGCUUUAUUAUACAGGUGUUGGUGAUCAAGUGGAAUGUUUUUGUUGUGGUGGAAAGCUGAAAAACUGGGAACCUAGUGAUAGAGCUUGGUCAGAACACAAGAGGCAUUUUCCCAAAUGUUUUUUUGUCCUGGGCCGGGAUGUUGGAAAUGUUCCAAAUGAAGCUGUGUGUGCUGAGCUUGAGAGAAAUGCUCUGAGCGAUGUGCAGUAUCCAAGGAAUCCAGCUAUGGCAGAAUAUGAAAGACGGCUACAAACCUUCCUAACCUGGAGAUACCCUGUUAACAAGGAGCAGCUUGCCAAAGCUGGAUUUUAUAGCAUAGGUAAUGGUGAUCAUGUUGUGUGCUUCCAUUGUGGUGGGGGACUGCAAGAGUGGAAGGAAAAUGAAGACCCCUGGGAUCAACAUGCCAAAUGGUUUCCUGGAUGCAGGUUUCUGAGAGAAGAAAAGGGACAAGAAUUUAUAAAUAAUGUUCACUUAAGAGAUGGAUGCAACGAUUCCACAAUAGAAGCUGCUGAAUUAACAAUACUUCCUAAAGACGAUCUCUUACAGAACCGUUUGGUACAAAAUGCCAUACACAUGGGUUUCAGCUUGUCUGAGAUAAGGAACAUAAUGGAAAAGAAAGUGCAGGUGUCUGGAGAAGAUUAUACGUCUACUGAGGAUCUAGUAGCAGACUUAAUAAGUGCUCAGAAAGAAAAUAAAACAGAAGAACCAAAUGAAAGAUCACUAGAGAAAGAUCUCAGUACUGAGGAAAAGCUGAGGCGUUUACAGGAAGAAAAGCUUUGUAAAAUCUGCAUGGCCAAAGACAUAUCAGUAGUCCUUAUUCCCUGUGGUCAUCUAGUUGCUUGUAAGGAAUGUGCUGAGGCAGUUGAUAAAUGCCCUUUGUGUUGUACAAAUAUUAUAAAAAGACAGAAAAUUUUUAUGUAUUAG